UCGCUUGAAUGUCUCAGUGAGAAACAGAAAAAAACCAAUAAUCUUUCUCUUGUCAAAGAAACUCGACACGACAAUUGAUUUUACGCUUGUAUGCAAGCCGUAUAAUCAAAUCCGCAAAUCUGCUUCUCGCAUAGAAUGAGUGUUCGCGCAAAAUAAAAAAAACUAGAGGAACGACGACGACGACAACGACUUUGUAAAAUAAGAGAGAUAGAAGGAAAGUGAUUAAGAAAAAAAAAUAUAAAUCAUACGCGAAUAAUAUACACAUAUUCGGGGAAAAUACAUCAAAUUACCGAAGGAAAAAAAAGAAUGACCACAAAAUCAGCAUGAAAUUCGAUUUAAUUUAAUUGAAAAGUUCGUCAAUUCAACUGUGUGUGUGUGUGUGUCAAGUGAAUCCUUCGAUUCAAUAUUUUAUCCAAUUUGUUAUUUAAGAGUGAUCUCGGUGUUCCGUAAAACAUAUCGUAUUCAGUGCAAUAAAUUUCUUUUUAAAAGGAAAUUGUAAAAAAAGCAACAUCACAUCACAAACAAAAACUACAACGAACAUUCCAACGUUGAAAAUAAAGAAAGAAAACAAAGCGGUUCGGGAAAGUGAAUCCAUACGCAAAUAAAGAGCGAAAAAGAAAAAUCAACACACAGAAUUGAAUAUUUAAAAAAAAACGAAAAAUGUCGUUCGCUCAGAAAUUAACGGGAUUGGUCGCUGGUCCAACAGAUGCACCACAAGAUGAUACACCAUGGUAUUUACGCUAUGGAGCCAGAGGUCUUGGCAUUUUCGGAGCAUUCUUUGCAAUUUUGUUUGGAUUCUGGAAUUGUUUUGGAGUUAUUACGAUAAAUUUCUCCAGUGUUCUGUCCGGCAUUCUCCAAAUUCUGGUUGGCAUAUUAGUGAUGUCUAUCGAAGCGCCAAUGUGUUGUAUGUUCAUCGAUUAUGCACAGAAAUUUGCACAAGUCGUUGAGACCCGACCACACUGGAACCGUGCAGCUGGCUAUUGUGUAGCGGCAAUUCCACCUGUGAUUUUGGAGCCAGGAUUGGCGAGCAUUUUUGGAUGUGGUCUAAUAUUUGCAACCGGUAUUCUCUACGGAAUGAUGUCGCUUGGCAAAAAAGCUACUUUGGAGCAAAUGAGACAGGCAGCAGUGGCUACAUCGUCGGAUAAUAAAAAUGGUUCGAUGCGACCCGGCAAUAAUUUAGUAACUAAUGCUCAACCAUUAUCGUAUACAAUUCCACCGCCAAUUCACAAUCCACACGGUAGCAAUUCACCCUUCUAGAACAUUUAUCGUAUAGAAUCAUCGAACGAGGAGCGACUAAAAUACAACAAUAAAACAACAAAAAAUUUCAAACAAAAAUAAAUAAAUAAAUCUGUUAGAACAAUUGUAUUUUAUAAUGGAACCAUAAUUGGUGACAUUCAACAAAUGGCAAAUAAUAAAUUAUCGUAGUCUAAUUGUGUAAAAUUUUGUUGAGCGUGUGUAUGGCGCAACACACACACAUCUACAGAGAAAGCGCAUUUCUUUCAAACUGUAAUAUACAGCAACUAAAAUAAUAAUAUAAUCGAUAAAUAUUAUAAUACCAAAUGUUUCGAAUUAUACAGAUUGAAACGAAUAACAUUAAUAUCAUGUCAAAAAAUCAUUAAACUGUACGUCAGUAUUGAAUAUUCAA